AGCAGCUUCCCGAAAACCCUCAGGGUCGGGGAGAGUUAGCUUCACGGCGUCACGGUCGAUCUUACCCGAAAAGUCAGGCUUGGUCACGGCCUGCUCCCAUGUGUCGCAGGCAAAGUCGAAAUACUCGACGGUCGUGGGGACAAGCUCGUCAAGAAAUUCCGAGGAAGAGCAGAAUCCCUCGACCACAGCCUUGCGGUAGUGCUCAAGAAAAACCGCUCUCGCGGUGGACUUCAAGAAGGUCC